UUACAUACGGUGUCUGCGGUGAUUAAGCGUGUCAGGUGACCCUGCUCAUAAUCCGCACGUGCUGCGGAUUGGGCUUUGCGACGGUCACCAGCCUCGACUGUUGCAUUUCAGAUACGAACUUAGGCCCCUAGCAACAUAGUCGAAGCGUAUGUCCCAAUAGUGAUCAUGUCGGGUAAAGCCGGUCAUCCGAUCGCGUUCCGGUCCAGACUUGUCUACCGAUCGAGUGGCAGUCACUAUCGAGCGCUUCCAACCAGCAACUGUCUACAUCUCGCACCAUGGGAGUCUCAUCAGCAGUCCCGCUGGGCCAGAUGUCCUCCUCGCAAUCGAGUUUCGACACCCCAAAGACCGGGCGACCCACUCUUCCCGUCCCUCAUCCAACCCGCUCGUUCUGGAUCGACUCUCCCGGCGUCAAUCCGCUAGCGAGUCGAGGGAGCGACGGUCCGCUCACCUCUGACACGGACAUCUGCAUCAUUGGAUCGGGGAUCACCGGUGUCUCUGCUGCUUAUCACCUCUCGCGCGCUGUGCAGGCGGGGGAGCUGCGGAAAGAUGUGAAGAUUGGUGUUGAUGCUUCUCAUCCUCCACAGGCUCUGGUGCUACAGGCGAGCCGCAACGGCGGGCAUCUCACCUCCGCGGUUUUCCUCGAGUUUUGCGACUAUGCAGCGAAAUAUGGAUCUGAGGAGGCUAUGCGGUCGUUCGAGAUGGAGAAUCGCACGCAGUCCGAGAUAGUGUCCCUCAUUCGCACACAGGGGUGGGCGGAAGCUGUCGAUCUGGUCGAGGGCGGACACACCACUGUCUUCUUCACACCGGAGGAGGAGAGGAGUGCGAAUGCUGAUUAUGAAGCUGCAAAAGCUUCUGGUCUUGCUUUGCGUGAGAUCGUCUGGUUGACCGCAGAAGAGAUGGAAAGUACGUAUGGCGUCUCUUACCCGGGAGUCCACUUCAGUGGCUUUAACCUCUGGCCACUCAAGCUGGUCACAAAGCUCUUUCUGCUUGCCGAAGAGCAUCUCCAGCUCAGCAUCCACACUCGUACGCCGGCCCUCUCAAUCGAGGAAUCUCCAUCUGAGAACCGACGCUGGCGAAUCGAGACUCCGCGCGGUCUCGUGCACUGUUCACAUAUCAUCCAUGCUACAAACGCUUACGCAUCCCACCUACUGCCGCAGCUCGCUGGUCCCGACGGCAUUGUUCCAACUCGGGGCCAGGUCGCGGCUAUCCGAGCCUCGGUCGACAUCCCUACUUUGUCGAAGUGCUCGUGGGAUGGGAACGAGGGAUUUGAGUACUGGUUCCCGCGGCCCGUCACGGUCCCGACCGAGAAACCGCUUGUCAUUCUCGGUGGAGGGCGGGAGGUCUCAGAUGACUUUGAGUUUUACAACGCGGACGACUCGACGGUCGACUCGCGUGUCGGAUUGGCGCUACGCAAGUUUCUUCCCGCGGCCUUCCCGGGCAAGUUUGAGGGGGAAGGCGAGCCGGAAAUGGAGUGGACCAGAAUCAUGGGAUUUACGCGUCUCCGCGAUCCUUUCGUGGGGCCAUUGAGUCAGCAUGAAGGACAGUACAUUUCUGCUGGUUACUCUGGACAUGGGAUGCCACGUGCCUACUCUUGUGCGGCAGUCAUCGCUGCCAUGACUGUGGCAGAGCUUGCAGGAACAGAGUGGCAUGCACCCCAAUGGUUUCCCGAGGCAUUUCUUACCACAAGACGUGGUCUCUGACAGCCAUACGCCUGACCUAACCCGACAGAUCCUUUCACCGUUCAAGAGAUUGACAGCUCGACCUUGGAUGUGCUGUAUCGUCUACUACAGUACAAACACAUGGCUAGCGAUGUUUGACUACUUUGGGCCCUUGCGCUAGGCAGCAUUCCCAUACCAGGCUGUCAAUGGCCCAGAGUUUUCCAACGCUAGAACAUUAGAUCGACUGCAGUGGAUCUGUUCUCAGUCUUUAAAAUUCUGCUAGCUUGCACGCCCGGACCUACAUUGGAACGCGGUCUGGAAGAGGUGUCUUUGAGUGAAACUACGACCGACAACUUCAGUGAUCAUGCGCAGCCCCCAAAUUCCUCAGUUGUCACCUUUUGUGAAGAUGAUCCAGCUAUCUAGACCUGAAAGGCCUUCUAUCUCGACAGGUUUUACGUUGACUUAGCCGGUCUCUAGACUAAAUUUCCUGUGUUCUGGCCGUCUCUCUUGACAAGAAGGGCGUCGUCAAGGCCCUGCAGUGGAUGCGAAAGUGCUGCCCUGGUCUCGAUGGCGAAUAAGGAAUGCGAGAGGGAUACACGAAGGGUGGGGAGUCCGCAGUCCUUGCAUAAGAGAGGGACUUUUAGGGAACUAUCGUAGAGCUUGAAUGUUACUCCCCUGAUUCAACUGACCCGGACUUCACUGAGUUACGUCAUAUUCAUAACCUCGCGACGAUCCAUACCGUACAUGUGUUGACUCAUGCUCGUAACCAAGAAUCAAUCGCUUCAUCAA